UCAAAUGUCAUCUUAGGAGAACAUUGUGCCUAUAUAAAAUCUCUUCUUUACCACCAAUAAGCAAGAAAUAAACUUCUAAGUUUCAACUAUUUAGGAGAUGGAACUUUGACUGGCUGCUCACCACAAACAAGUUAUCAUAUUGGAGGCUUUCUUAGCAGAUUAGUCUAAUCCGUAUAAUAAAGGAAAUCGAUCACCAUUUGAAACUGUCUUAUCAUAUUUCCUAGGUGAACAUUGUGCCUAUAUAAAGUCUCUUCUUUACCACUAAUAAGCAAGAUAUAAACUUCCAAGUUUCAACUAUUUAGGCAAUGGAACUUUCAAAUGUUGAGGGAGACAAAUAUCGUUCUUAUCUGCAUGGUGAAGGAGAGAAGAAUACCAAAUGGAGGUAUGGAGCUCCUCCCAACUACGAUGUUGUGAACAAGCUCUUUGAAGAAGAAAGAACCAAGGUAUGGCCCCCUGGUUCACUAGAAGAAAAGGUGCAGAACCUUGUAAAGACAUGGGAAAUGGAAAUUUUCCACAAGGAACGCCUUGAAGAUUUCAAAACCAUUGAUACAGAAAAAUAUGUUUUUAGCUUAAAUGGUAAGGGAGCUUUAAACAUGGAAGGAAUAGGGAAGCUUGGUGGAGGCUAUAACCCACAGUUGCAAACUUCCCUUCCGGAGGAGUUCAGGUGUUAUGAUCCGGAUAAGGAAACAUCAGAAUCAUCUCACAGGGCUUUCACAACAACAUUUCCGAGAGGCUUUGCCCUAGAGAUUCUUAAGGUUUAUGCAGGGCCUCCGGAAAUUGUUUACAAGUUCAGGCACUGGGGUUACAAUGAAGGUCCUUUCAAAGGACAUGCCCCGACUGGAGAUCUGGUAGAGUUCUACGGAAUUGCCAUCAUGGAGGUGGAUGAAGAGAUGAAAAUCGUAAGAGUAGAGUUCUUUUAUGAACGUGGAGAACUGCUUGGAGGUCUGCUGAAGGGUGCUCCCAUGGAUAGUUCUGCUCUGGAGGCAGCUUCUAGCUGUCCCUUCCUGAGGAACACGGGGUAGAAUUUCUGCCAAAAUUCUUCAACCUGAAUACCUAAAUAAAACCUUCUUUGAGCUCACGCUGCUUGCCUUCAACCAUUCGAUAGAACAAAAACUAAAGCAAAAUAAAACAUCCUCUGCCUGAGAUUGUAAUUUGUAAACACUUUCAAAUGCUCAUCUCAAAUUUGUCAAAUCUACAGAGUUUUGUUACCAAAUUUGUUUCCUAGAAGCAAAAAUUGAAAACGAGAUUCCAGGCUCGCACCAAAAUGCAGCUUUCUCCAAGCUAGAUCUAGUAAUUUUAAAUUACAAAAAAGACAAUAACAUGAUUUAAAAU